AUGGACUCGAAUCAGAUUGAUGUGGUGGAGAACGGGGCCAUCGUCAAGGUGUUCCUGCUCGAAGGGCCGUUUCCAUGGAACACCCCCACGGCGAUUCUCGAUGGUGCUGGAAAUUUUUGGGAGAGCUUUGCCCUAACGCACGCGGCCCUCGGGUUCCUCGUGGAGGAGAGCGAGACCAGGUGGGUCGAGGGCAUUGGCGAGGAGGAGGAGGAGGAGGGCGGUGGGGGGGGCGCGCGGCGAGGGCUUGGGGACGGCGGUAACGGCACUACGCCGGUGACGUGGAACAACGACGCGGUCGUGCGGGUGUCGUCGGGCUUCGACGAGAAGAGGUGGAUUUCCGCCAACUACAUCGCCAAGAUCACGGGCCUUCUUUACAACGACAUCACUGGGUGGUCCAGCACCUACCGGGAAAAAAAACCCUCCUUCCAGCCGCUGUCGGCCUGCGGCGGCAGCAAUGACAGGGGGGGAGACGGAGACUUCGCCCACAGGGGCUCCGCGGAUUCGUACGACUUCGUGUGGGCGGCCUUCGAUCGUCUGGGCGAAGAGGUGGUCAUCAAGCCUAAGCGGACGGUCAUGUGCCUCUUCCCUGAAGGCGGUGUCGAUGCGGCGGAACUUGUCCACGCCGACGGCAACGAAGAGAUAGCGGAGUACUACCGAGACACGGGGGAGUGCGUGAGGAGCCUCGCGGCCGCGGCGGCCAGCGGUAACUCCUCCUACUCGGGACCGGCCUGCCCCUCCAACGGCGGCGGUGGCGACGGGUGGGCCGGGGAGGGCGGGGUGUCCCUCAUGCUCGGCCUCGGGGACUGCCUCGCCGGCCAGGAAAACGCCUUCCUGUACCACAACUCCUCGGCCUACCUCCGCCUGCCGCUGAACGUAACGUCGGUGGCUGAGGAGGCGGAGGAGGAGGAGGAGGAGGAGCGGGCGGCAAGAAGAAGCAGCGGCGGCAGCAAGAAGAAGCAGCACGGGAGCGGUCACGUCGGCGGCAUGACGGCGCGUCUCGUGCGGUACUCGCCGGCGCUCCCGCCGCGCCCUGAGCAGCCGCCGGGGGGCCCCGACCGCGCGUACAUCGUCUACCUCGCGGUCGGCCUCGCCGCCGUGGGCCUGGCGGUGGCGGGCCUCCGCGCCCUGUACCGGUGGCGGAGACGGGAGAAGCUCGCCGCCUACGGCAGCGAGGGCGGCAGCGUUCACGGCGGGGGCGGCGGGGGCGGGGGCGGUGGCUUCGGCGCGGGUGGACGCUUUUCGUCGUCGUCGGGGCUCGGCUGGAGGAGCGGCGGCCGCGGCGGCAGCGACUUUGGCGGUAACUUCGACGGCGGCUUGGUUGGCGGCGGCAUCGUCGGUGACAGCGGCCACGGCUACACCUACGAGGGUGCCAUGUUUCCCGCGGACAACUACAGCUCGGGGGGCCUGUCCGGGUCCUCCCGCUCCCAGGGCGGCUGGCGCAGCGGCGGCGGCGGUAGCGGGAAGCCCCCGGCGGCGGUCGGGCCGAUGGAGGUACCCCUCUUGAAUCAGUCGGAUUCCCCCUUGCGGCUGCGAGAUGGUAGUAGCGGGGCGACGGCGGCGACGUCACCGGCGACGGCUAGCUCGUCGCGGCGCAGAAGCAGUCGCGGGAUGGACUCAAGCCGCGGCGGCGGCGGCGGUGGUGGUCGUGACUCCUCGCCCUCGCCCUUCUCGAGAGUGCUCGGCACCAUGGGGAGCGGCCCGGCGGCGACGGGCAGAAGGAGGAAGAAGUCCGGGGGAAGCGGCGGUGGCGGGGGUCGCCGAGAUCGGUUAUCCGGAGGAAAGCCCGCGGCGGCGGCGGCGGCGGCGGGGGGGGGGGGGGGGGAAAAACUCAAUGACAAAGCCCCCCACCAACAAGGGCCCCUCCGGGGGGGCACCCGCGG